CGCAAUUGUGUUUAUAGGGAGCAGUAUGAGAAGGGAGUUCGAUUUGAGGAGCGGCCGGGUUAAUUAAAGAAACAGCAUGUCAAUUUAUGGAAAGGAAUUCAAGCAGGUAUUAAUUGGUCGGUAUUGGAUACGGACAUACAUGAUUUUUAUAACAAUACGGCCAGGAUUUAUAGAUGAAUGAGUUCAAGUGUGGCAGACAAGAAAGCAAAAGAACCUUGUGUAAAAUUCCCCAAUGAAUGUGAUGGAUGCAAAGGUAUCACAGAUGUCACUUGCUAACACAAACUCAAUAAAAAAUAAGAAGAAAAGGACAAAGAAAAAGAAGGCAGAUGCGACAGAACCUCAGGAUGCUGAUGUGACCACCACGAGUCCUGUAGUGCCCAAGCAGACAACGAAGAAGAAGAAGAAACGAAAGCUAGAAAGUCAGGCCUCACCUAGUAAGAAACUAGCAAAGAAGGUUAAGUGUGCGUGGCAGAAGAAAGACAAUGUCUCAGAUGAAGAGGCAAGAGAAGAGGAGCUACUAGAGGAAGGUCAGGAACACGAAUCUGAUACUCAAAACGGAGAUGGAAACGAUGAAACCUUACCUUAUGACUAUGAAGAUCCACAGACACAAGAAUGUGCUGUUAAUCAGGAUGAGGAUGAGCUACCUGGUGCGGGAAAUAGUGGGAUUAUGACGGAUAGCUCGUUUGAGUCACUGCGAGGCAGUGUCUGUGACGAUACCCUGCGUGCGAUAGCAGACAUGGGCUUCACACACAUGACUGAGAUCCAGGCAAAGUCGAUACCACAUUUGGUGCGUGGCAGAGACCUGCUGGGGGCGGCUCGCACCGGUAGUGGCAAAACUCUUGGCUUCCUGAUACCCGCCAUUGAGCUCAUGCACAAACUGAAGUUCAUGCCGAGAAAUGGAACUGGAGUCCUUAUAAUUUCUCCAACCCGGGAGCUCUCUAUGCAGACGUUUGGGGUGCUGAAGGAACUGCUACAGUAUCAUCAUCAGACCUAUGGGCUCGUUAUGGGAGGUGGCAAUAGACAGGCAGAACGCGAGAAACUUGCAAAGGGUAUUAACAUAGUGGUAGCAACUCCCGGCAGACUGCUCGACCAUUUGCAGAACACACCACAGUUCAUGUACAAGAACCUUCAAUGUCUGGUUAUUGAUGAGGCAGACCGAUGUCUGGACAUUGGGUUUGAGGAGGAGAUGAAGGCAAUUGUGCGACUUUUGCCCAAGCGACGACAAACAAUGCUGUUCUCCGCGACACAGACGCGCAGGACAGAGGAUCUAGCAAGAAUCGCAUUGAAGAAAGAGCCACUGUAUGUUGGUGUGGAUGACCAGCGUGACAAGGCAACUGUGGAGGGACUCGAGCAGGGUUAUGUGGUCUGUCCAUCAGAGAAACGCUUACUUCUGUUGUUCACAUUCCUGAAGAAAAACCGCAAGAAAAAGGUCAUGGUGUUCCUCAGCAGCUGCAUGUCUGUUAAGUUUCACCAUGAACUAUUCAACUACAUAGACUUACCUGUCAAGUGCAUACAUUUGGAGAAAUUGAUCUCAAAGAACUACUUUUUACACAAGUCCGCAUUGGAGGCCUACAAGUCGUACGUUAGAGCUUACGAUUCACAUGCACUCAAGCAGAUCUUUGAUGUCAACUUGCUUGACCUUGUCAAGGUUGGGAAUUCGUUUGGCUUCACAGUGCCACCUGGAGUGGAUUUGAGUGUGAAUAGCAGUAAAGGUGAUCGUGUUCGUCGCAGAGGUGGUGGCGGCGGCUUCGGAACCAAUUCCAAGCCAGUCAAAAAAUCGAUGAUGUACAGACAGCUCAAGGGCAAGAAGGACAAGCGUCAAUUCUCAAGAUGACUCAACACGCAGGUGGUAUUGGAUAUGGGAAAUGAGGCUUGUUGAUUGAAUAUUGGGUUCGUUGUGGAAUCAUUUAAGGAAGAUGUUUUCAACGAACUUGAAUAACUCUUUUUUAAUAAAACCUUACCCAUAUGUAACUUUGCUGCAAUUUUAUUCAUAAUAAAGUGGAAUUCCAAGCACCAUACUAGUAAAGAAAUGUGAAAACUAAAUUACUUUUCACUGUAUUGUGGUGCUUGCUGUACGUCAAUAAAAAUAAUUUCUAACUAAUCACAAA